UACUGCGCUAGAAUGAAAACUCGUAUUCCGAUUGGAUGUAGCAGACGUCGAUCACAAAGUGGGCGGAAAAGGACAGUAUUGCCUCAUUGACUGCAGUGAAUGAAGAGCAUAAGAGCAUAAGAGCAUAAUGUUUGUGUACUUUAUCAUUCUCAUUGUUCUUUUGUUUACUUCAUGUCCUGCAGCAGGGAAAACGGUUUCUGGGGUUUUUAGGAGCGACGCCGCGAGAGAAAAUAAUGGGCAGUACAUCACAAGAUUUCUGUAUCAUGGUGAGAAUGGUCUGGUGGCGUAUCGUGUGGAUAAUGUGCUGCUGGCCGUGCAGAAGGAGGCCAGACUGCUGCUGUUUCAGGGCUCGGAGGGCUUGGACAAUCUGAGCUGUCUGGAGAGACUCACAUCGGCUCACAUCUCCAUUAACCUGAUGAAAGAGGAGCAGAACCAGACCGUGCCGCAUCAGUCCGCUCCGCAGGUGUGGCACGUGAUGUACGUGGAUCAGUACACCUGUCAGGACGGAGAGAUGGAUGCAGCGCUAGAAGACCUGCGCUUCCAGAUCACCAUGAUGAACCCAGACGCUGCGGGGAACCCACUGGAUCACUUCAGCGCCGAGGAGGCCGGGCUCCACAGCUUCUACUUCAUCCUGAUCCUGGCGUAUUUCGUGGCGUCGUGUAUCUACAUACAGCCGCUGUGGCAGGCGCUGAGCAAAGCCGGAUCCAUGCACACGGUGCUGAAGGUGUUAUCCACCGCGCUUCUGCUGCAGGGAACUUCAGUGCUGCUCAACUACAUCCACACGGCCCGGUACGCUCGAGACGGUGUGGGGACGCCGCUGAUGGGGAGCCUCGCUGAAUUGUGUGACGUGGUGGCGCAGGUGCAGAUGCUCUACCUGCUGCUGAGUCUGUGUGUGGGCUGGUCUCUGAGCCGCAGCAGAAAGUCUCACAGUAAACCGCUGCAGUGGGACUCGUCUCCGACCUCCACCGCGCUCGCUCUGGCCGCCGGCAUCGCUCAGGGGGCGCUGCUGAUCUGGGAGCAGCUGGAGGAAUCGGAGCACCACAGUUUUCACGCUCCGCGCAGUGUUCCCGGCUGCCUGCUGAUGGCGCUGCGUGUGGCGCUCGCUCUGCUCCUGGCGUCGGUGCUGUAUCAGAUCAUCUCCGCCGAGCGGAGCGCGCUCAAACGAGACUUCUACCUGAGCUUCGGCAAGGGCUGUUUUCUGUGGUUCCUGUGUCAUCCGGUGCUGGUCCUGUUCUCUGUGAUUCUCAACGAACACCAGAAAGAAAAGGUGGUGACGAUCGGCGUGAUCCUGUGCCAGUCCAUCUCAGUGGUGGUUCUGUAUCGUCUCUUCCUAUCACGCAGUCUGUACUGGGAGGUGUCCUCGCUGUCGUCGGUCACGCUGCCGCUCACCAUGAGCCGCCGGAGCCGCUACUGAGCUUCAGACGGGAGCGAAGCGCUCCAGGACCUCAUCCGCGAGCACAACGUCUCCGAGAUCCGAUCACAUGAUGGCGAGACGCUGAGCAUUACACGCACACCAGGGAGUGAAAUGCACAGUUUACAUCAUCAUCAUCAUCAUCAUCCAGGCUUCAUCAUCAUUCACGUGUAGAGACACACCUGCUGCGAGUCAGUCUGCCAAAGGAGGAAGAUGAAGCUCAGCGCUCGCUCUCUGUUCAAGCAAUAAGAAAACGAAAGCAUCUCUGUGAUUUCUCAGCUGUGACGCACUGCAUCCUGAUUUAAUUUGUGCUCGCACAUGAUUUCAUUUCUGUCGUUCCCCACAAGUGCCUAAAAUGACAAUCACUGACGCGGAACUGAAUAUAAAAGCGAUGAAUGCUGAGGAUAUUUAUUGAUCCUGAACAUUUCUGUGUCUAAAGGAGAAAGAUGAUGUGAAAAUCUUGUUAACUAGAGCAUGUGUUGUUACGUUAAAGACUUGAACUGUAUCAAACAUUGUGGUAAUAAACGUCAU